AUGGGGUGCCACGGGGCAGGCUGGGUGGCCACGCUGGCCCUCCUGUGCAUGGCCUGGUCCACCGCUGGCGGCAGCAGAGGCAUCAAAUGUGGCGGGGUGCUCUCAGCGCCCUCCGGCAACUUCUCCAGCCCCAACUUCCCUGGGCUCUACCCCUACGACACCGAGUGCACCUGGCUCAUCGUGGUGGCCGAGGGCUCCUCCGUCCUGCUCACCUUCAGCCACUUCGACCUGGAGUACCACGACGCCUGUGGCUACGACUACCUGCAGGUCUACAACGGUGUCACCCGCGACCACAGCAACCUGCUGGGCACCUUCUGCGGCCACCACCCGCCUCCCUCCUUCACCUCCUCCUGGCAUGUCCUGGCUGUCAUCUUCCACUCGGACAAGCACGUGGCCAGCCAUGGCUUUGCUGCCUCUUACCGCAGAGAUGUCUGCGGCGGGGAGCUCACGGCACUCUCCGGAGAGAUCACCAGCCCCGACUACCCGGAGAACUACCCCAACAACGCCGAGUGCCGCUGGAGCAUCCGGGCGGCGGUGGGCACCAGCGUCCGGCUGGUCUUCGCCGACUUCCAGGUGGAGAACGACGAGGAGUGCAGCUUUGACUACGUGGCCCUCUUCGAUGGCGCCACGGCGGCGGCCCCCCGCCUCGGCCCCGGAUGCAAGUCCCAGGGACCCCGGGGGUCUCCAGCCAGGUGCCUUGAGAUUUGCCCUGUUUUUUUUUUGCUUUAUUUCCAAGCAGGUGAGUGCCAGGAGGUGUACACUGCCAUCAGAGGGAAUUUCUCCAGCCCCCAGUACCCCAACUUCUACCCCAACAACCUCCGGUGCCAGUGGACCAUCCAGCUGCCCCCGGGCUAUCGAGUCAAAGUCUUCUUCUUGGACUUGGAGCUGGAGGGCCGCAGCAUGCUGCUGGUGCUGCGCACGGACCGCAGCAUGGCCAAGCGGGGCUUCACCGCUGCCUACGUCGGAGUGGUGCCCAUGAAUGUCACCUGCACCCGGACAGACUUCCACAUCCAGAUCCCUGUGCAGUCGCUGGCCCCACUGGAGAGGCACCGGCUCUACCUGGGCAGCCCGUCCUGCGCCGCCCACGUGGCCGGCUCCAGCUUUAGGAUACACGCCAGGUUCGACGCCUGUGGCAGCGAGGCACAGAGGCGGAACGGCACCUCUGUGAUCGUGGGCGUCCUCUACCUCAACUUCUCGGCGGGCGGCCGCGAGGACGUGCACCGCUACGAGGUGCAGUGCGAGCCCAAGAGGAAGGAGGCCCGGGCCAACCUGCUGGUGGGCCCCGAGCCGCAGCAGCCCAGCCCGCGCGCGGAAAACCUUGCAGAGGGCCAGCGGCGCGAGCCGGAGCCCCCGCGCGACAGCCGGAGCCAGGACACCAGCGACGUGGUCUUCAUCAGCAUCUGCGUCCUCGCGGGGCUCCUCAUGGUCAUCGCUGUGGUGGGGCUGGUGCUGCUCUGA